GCCAACCAUUUCUUUUCAAAGACGGUGGUGGUUUCAAGCACAUUCAUGGACACUCCUGCAACCUGCACAUUGGAAUUAUGGCCUCCUUCAAUCCUCUGGCUCCUCCCUGUUCCCUGUAAAAGGCAACAAACCCUUGCUCUUGUCCCGCCUCCAUCUCUCCUCCUCCUUCUCCUCCUUCUCCUCCUGCCCAUGCAGCUGCAGCUCCUCUCUGUCUCGCUCCCUCCGCUGCCCUGCUCUUCUGCUGCGUGCAUGUGAAGGAACUACAGCAGCCGGAUAAAAGUUAUUUUCAUGGAAAGAAAGGCUCCAGGUGCAGGAUCAUGGGGUAUGGGCAGAUCCUCCACCAACGUGGGAAACAGGAGGGCCAGGUCCACAUCAACGUUGGAGGAGUACGUCACGACGUGGACCCGGACACUUUGCUACGUUUCCCUCACACACGUCUAGGACGACUCCUCUGCUGUCAAAGUGAGGCGGCGAUUCUAGAGCUGUGCGAUGACUACAGCCCAAAUGAGAAGGAGUACUACUUUGACAGGAACCCACGGGUUUUCCUUUGCAUCCUCAACUUUUACCACACCGGACGCAUCCACAUGAUGGAGGAGCUGUGCGUCUUCUCCUUCCACCAGGAGAUCGAGUACUGGGGCAUCCAGGAGCUGCACCUGAGCCCCUGCUGUAGCAACUGGUACCACGAGAGGAAGGAGUACAUAGAGGACAGGGAGUGGGAUGUCAGGAGCGAUGAUCAGCAACACAUGAGCUUUGACUCCUCUAUGGAGGAGCUCUCAGCUCUGGACAAAGAUCUUGCUAAGUUCAAAGGUGCCUGGUGUGGAGAUCUGAGGAGCUACAUUUGGCUGCGGCUGGAGGAUCCAGGACAUUCCAGGUCCUCCAAAGUCAUUGCCGUGACCUCCCUCAGCGUGGUCUUGACCUCCAUUGUUGCCAUGUGCGUCCACAGCAUGCCCGAGUUCCAGCAGGUGGAUGAUAACGAUAAGCCCAUCGAAGACCCCGUCCUUGCCAUUCUGGAGGAGAUCUGCAUUGCCUUCUUCUCUGCAGAGUUCGUCAUCAGGCUGAUUGUUGCUCCGUCCCGCAGGAAGUUCCUGGGAAAUCCCCUAAAUAUCAUUGAUUUUGCUUCCAUUUUGCCCUUUUAUGCCACUCUAGCCCUGGAGACGGCCGACGAGGACAGUGCAGAGGAAAACGAGGACAUCGAAAACGUUGGAAAAGUGGUGCAGGUGUUGCGCCUCAUGCGGAUCUUUCGGAUCCUCAAACUGGCUCGUCACUCCAUCGGUUUGCGAGCAUUGGGUGCAACUGUACGCCACAGCUACAACGAGGUGGGCCUCCUUCUCCUCUUCCUCUCAGUGGGGAUCUCCAUCUUCUCUGCUCUGAUCUACUUUGCAGAGAGGGAUGAGCCGCAGACUGAUUUGGGGACCAUCCCUUCAGGCUGGUGGUGGGCCACCAUCACCCUGACCACCGUGGGUUAUGGUGACAUCUGCCCAGUGACGUUUGCAGGGAAGAUAGUGGCCACCUUGAGCAUCAUCUGUGGUCUGUUGGUGGUGGCUCUACCCAUCACCAUCAUUUUUAACAAGUUUUCAAAGUACUAUCAAAGAAACAAAGCCAUGGAAGAACAGUGUAUUGAAAAGCCUGAAAGAAAAGACCCGGAGCUUCCUUACUACAACAUCAGAGACCUGUUUACAGAUGGCGUGAUUCCCUUCAUUGGUAAUAUCACCUUCAGGACCAGUGAGAGCAGUGCAGGAGAUGAAACAGAUGCCUCCAGUCUCCAGGAUAUAGAGGUGUAUGAUAAUGAAACAUCUGAAAACGGGACGGGGGAAUGAAAUCACUCUGUUUCUCCCAGUGAUGCUCUGUUUGAUGACUACAUGUCACUUUGCCUCUGAGGGAAGAGCGCUCCUUCACCGACUCUGUCUUCUGUCACUGUCUUCCUCCUGCUAUAUGACUGCGAUCCGCCGUGGUCACGUUUUCUAUUCUAUUUUUUUUUUUUCACAAAGGUGCUUGUGAGAAAAAAAAACAAAACAAGGGGAACCUUAAGGGGAUCAUUUAAAAUGUAAGAGGUUUUAAAACCUAUUUUCUGCUUGAGAAAAACUGCAAUGACGCAUGUAGGAGAACAUAAUGUUAAUGUUUUUAAAAGUAUUGUCCGUAUCGAUUGGUCUGCUGGCUAACACUUCAGACUGAGAGAUUUGCAAAUAAUUUCUGCAAUGACAGGAAUGGUUGGAGGUUUAACAUGGUUUUGUAGAUCUCUUAGUGGACCGACAGCUCGGUGUCUGCAUGCACCAAAGGAAAUGCAUUUAGUUACAGAGUGAUUAAAAUAGUUGUGUAGAGUUCUGCAAUAAUAAUGACAUCGGUUAUGAAAGAACAAAAGUCGUGCCAAAGUCUUGAUACUGUGGCACUUUGACCUGGAUGUUGUCGUACAGUUGGCAGUCAGGUUCAGAUGCUGAGUGGAUUCUGAAGGCGUUUUGAAGUGGACCUGAAAUAAAACUUUACGACUGUAAGGAGAAACAUGUCUCUCAUUUGUCAAGGCGCAUAACAUUUGCAGAGACGUAGUCCAUGUCCCACAUACACGGGUUGGACCUGGAGUACCACAUGUUGUGUGAUUGAAAAAUACAGUGCGAGCAUUAGCCGAGGACAGUGAUCCUAUUUAGAUGAAAAUGAAUGUUGAAGCAUGGCAUACUGUAGAUGAUCACGUUACCAUCAGAGCUUGGUGAUGGGUGAUAUGUUGAGACAUUACUGCGAAAAUGUAUCUUUUUGAAAACAGUAACCGUUUUAGCAGCUGGAUGGUUUCAUGCAUUUUUAAUCAAAACUCUCUACACAGAGUAUGUAUAUUUAAAAAGGACAUUUGGCAGCGUUAGUGUCACUAUCCCUCCCUGUUUGAUCAGCAUUGUGAAGUAUCUGCAGUAAAAGUCAAAACAAACUGAUACUAAAUGUGAAAAACUCAGAAAAGGCUGGUUUUAAUAUUCCCUGUUUUAUUAUAGAAUAAUCCCAAUCUUUUGUAAACCCGGUCCUGUGGGCCAAGAUCUAACAAAGUGGGUUAUUAGAGAUUAAUAUACACACAGAUGGCAGUGUUUGCUCUGCAUGCUUUGUUUUACUCCUGCAAUAACAAGUUGGGGAUUGGUCGAGCUUGUUAUUGGAGAUUAUUGUGUGUUUUAGCUUUGAUAGAAAUAUAAACUCCAAUAACAGUCGUCAGCCUGAACAUGAUGCUAAUUGGACUCUGCUUUAGAGACAAGUAGAACUCUUUGUGGAAUCACUAUAAUCUAAUCAACGUUUCUCAAAUUCUGGGCUGUGAUCCAAAAUUGGGCCACGGUCCAUAGGCUUCUUCUGUGGGCUUUGAGAAACUGAACGAUAGCAUUGAUAUGAGUUUAAACGACAGCUUUUUUUUCUGGCUGGAAAAUAUUCUUUUCCUGUUUGUCAGAGAGUUGGAAAAUACCAAAGUACUCAUUUUAUCCCUUGUCUUUAAAAUGUGAGAAGUACUAUUAUAAAAUAUAAAAUUGUAUGUUUCUAUCCUCCGAAAAUGAAGACUGAAACUCGUAUAGAGAAGUACGUGCAACACAAAGCAAAAAAAAAAAAAAUCAAAAAAAGAUAAUAGGAUUUUAAUUAAAACAGAUUAUUUAUACUGGAAUGCUAUUAUACAAAUCCAAACAUUAUCCAUUUGAGAAUUAGGAUUAUAGUGUGAUUAUUGAUGUCUAAAUAAUCCCAAUCCCCCAAUGUUAAGUACCAGCAAAGAAAAAUAUCUCUCUCUCUGUCUCUCUCUCUCUCUCUCUUUUCUUUUCUUUUCUCUGAAAUCAUUGAUUUCCUGCCUCAUUUUAUCAUCUGAGGUUGGAUGAGCUGCCGUCCCACCAGAACCAGGAGCCUCAUCCCCAACAACUAACAUUUACAUCUCAGGAAAAAAUGUUAUCAGAAAAAUUUGUUUUUAAAAAGAAAUCAAUGUAAAGCUCAGAUGGGUUUCCUUAUCUCCGGGGCUGAAAUUGACUUAAAAACUGUUAGAAGUUGGCAGGACAUGGUCGUGGGUACAAAGAGUCCAGGUUUUCAUGCAGAUCCAGCAGCUCAGCUGAUGUAUGGUCAGAUAAGCCUGUUCUCCCUCUUUCUGUUGAUAGUUGUGUUUCCAUCACCAGGCUCCAGGUGUUUGUCCUGAUGGAGAUCAGCGUAUUGCCUUUUCUGCACUUUCUAUAUUUUUUAAUUACAUCAGGUACCAUUUAACCCAGUCAGUGGCGAAGACGAGCAUUGAUUGUACAAAGAGCUGCACUUGAUUAUACAUCUGCAGGCAAAGAUAUGAAAGUUAUGUUAUUUUUUUCCAGUUCUGUGAAAAAAGAAACCCAAACAAUUCACCUUUCCUCUUCAGGGUGUUUACGAGGCAGGAAUGAUUCUGAGACACUGCAAUAACAAAAUAAGGCAAGGUGUUAAGGGAGCGGUGCUCUGAGCGCUGCUGCAUUAAAGUCCAAACAAAAGUAUAAAAAAUGAACGGUGGCUGCCGUUAAAUGAAAAUGUAUCAUUACUGCUGCUGCUCUUACAUUUCGUCCACAGAUUAUACCGUAAAUAUUCCAAAGUUAGCAUUUUACAAAGUGUAAAAUUACUGGCAAAAACAAAAACACAACACCUUUGACCAGGGAUUCCCAAACUCUGUGCUGCGGCCCCUCAGGUGUACCUUGUGCAUUUUUCCGAUUUUUUUCUUAUUUGCUCUGAAAGCUAUUAUUUAUUUACUGCAAAUAAUUUGUCUGUUUGUCUCUGUGACAGUGUUUAAUCCUCCACUUCCUGUCUUCCAGGCUCAGAUUUCACUCUGAGCAAAUAAAUUGUCGAUCAUUAUAUUUCGUUACAUUUACUUUUUGAGAAUUCUUUGUCUGGUGCUGUGCCGUGGAAGUUGUCUAACGUGAAAUAUGUGCCGUGGCUCAAGGUUGGUGACACACUGCAGUAGACGCGAUGUGCUCCACAUCUUUGCCUCAGACUCCUGACUUGAUGCGUGGGCUCAGUCCAGUGAAGAAGAUUUCAAUAUGCCAUCACUUUGCCGGUACCUCUUUAAUAAUUAAUGACCUCUGUGUGUGUGUGUGUGUGUGUGUUUUUCUUGCUGCCUCACCAUUCUCCCAGCUCCCUGCCAUCUGUCUGACUCACUGACGUGACGGUGUGGCACUGACUGAUCUGCUGGCAGCUGAUGGGACAAGAUCACGACACUUCAUAUGUUUUCACAUCGCACGGCAUCACCAGGGAAGUACGAGGGGCAGGGGUCACACUGUGGUGGAGUGGGGGGUGUUUUUGAGUUAUAGCAAAAAU